AUGUCGGGACUAGAAGCAUUAAAGGCAUUACGCCAAACCACAAUAGUUAAAGGUCCCAUAGUGUUUUACAAAGAUGAUGGGGAUAAGACGGAGCUAAUACAAGAAGCGACAGAAGUUCAAUUUGGUUCUAAUCAAAAGAGAUUUAAAUUGGAUAUGCAAACGAAUUUUUCAAAUGAAGAUCAACUACAGGAUUUGAAAUCUGUUGUAUUUUGUUGGCUUCAAGAGAGAGAGACAAACGUCGACUAUAAAUCCAAGGCCGCAGAACUAGGUAUAGCGAGCUUUAAAUAUUUAAAUAGAACUGAGUUGGAAACUUGGUUAAGUGGAAGUAUUGAAACGUGUCAAUUUAUUGAAGGACUCGGGACAGAAAAGACGAGAAAAACCGAAAAUGACCUUGAUGUCAAGUUGGAGACAAGAGCGGAAGAGAAAAAACGUAAACUUGAAGAUCCUCAGUUGGAUAGGAUAAAUCUGUUUGAAAGAGAGUCAAUAGAUCACAAUGCCGCACUAAGAGGUUCCAAAAAUAUCGAUUUUGGCUAUUUGAUAUCCGACGCCAAAACUUUUAUGCGUGAAUUGAAGCGAACAGACAGCAAAAAGUCCAAAUCUUCUCAGAAAUCAAAUAUGAUAAAAAAGCAACCGAUUAUUAUAGUAUCCCCUGCUACGACAGCAUUAUUGUCGUUAUCAAAUGUAAAGGAGUUUUUAGAAGAAGGUCGCUAUACAGAGCCGGUCCCCACCAACAGGCCGCAUUCAGGAGUGGUUAUAAUCAAUCAUCGUUCUGAUAGAUUGGUGUCUGCAGCACAAAAGAUUAUGGUGGUGGAUAAUACCGAUUUAUUUACUAGUCCAGACUAUUGGAAUCGAGUAAUUGCAAUUUUCACAACGGGUCAAACCUGGCAAUUUGCAAAAUACAAGAUUUCCCAACCGGAAAGUUUGUUUCGGAAAUUCCCCGGGUUCUAUUUGGGAUAUCAAGGUGAAAGUACACCACCUCAAAUACACGAUUGGAAUGUGCGUGAAAUCAAGGUGGAUCGCGGAGAUAAAAGAUUUAAAGAUAAAGUAAUAGUGAGAGACUUUUGGCUUGAGAUUGAAAAGAUACUCAUUAAUAAAGGAUAUAGCAAAGAACAAUAA